AUGGAGAACUGGGGCAGACCGGAGAGGGUCACUUACAAGCGGUGGAGAAACCCUGAAGAGAGGGUUGAUCCCAGUUUUGUGGGUCAAAGUGAUGAAGCUCAGUGCACCGACAAUGAGAUCUGCACUAUAGCUGCAGCACUCGACAUUGGGGUAAGAAAGCUUUCAUCCAGAUCUGGAUUUGAUCAAACUGAUGUCGAUGUUGUGUCCCUUUUUACAGAAACGUUUACAGUUGAAGAUGCAUUAGAGGCCAUCGGCUUUGGGAAGUUCCAGUGGAAGAUGUGUUUCCUCAGCGGACUGUCGUGGAUAGGAGACGCCAUGGAGAUGAUGAUCCUCAGUAUAUUGGCCCCUGAGCUGCACUGCGAGUGGGGGCUGCCCGGCUAUCAGGUGGCUCUCAUCACAUCGGUGGUAUUCAUCGGGACGGGGCUCAGCUCACCUAUAUGGGGGAAUGUGUCGGACAAGUACGGCAGAAGAGUUGGUUUGAUCACUUGUAUGUGCUGGACUCUGUACUAUGGCCUGUUGAGCGCCUUCGCUCCCGUGUAUGGCUGGCUUUUGGUCCUGCGGGGCUUGGUAGGCUUUGGCAUCGGAGGAGCUCCUCAGGCGGUGACGAUGUACUCAGAAUUCCUCCCGGCGAAGGCCAGAGGCAUCAGCAUCAUGAUGAUUGGGGCAUUCUGGGCGAUUGGUGCUGUGUUCGAGGUCCUUCUGGCGUUUUGGAUUAUGCCCACGCUUGGCUGGAGGUGGCUGCUUGGCCUGUCCACGUUACCAGUGGUUAUAUUUCUUUCCUUCAGCUUUUGGCUGCCUGAAAGUCCUCGUUUUGACGUGCUGACAGGAAAUAGAGAAGCGGCCAUGGCAACCUUUACACGCAUGGCCAAAGAGAAUGGAAAGGCCAUGCCUAAAGGGAAGCUGACUGACUAUAAACAGAUUGGCCGUGGACGUAUUAAAGAUCUCUUUUCUCCUCAAUAUUGGAGGACUACUCUUCUUCUGUGGUUUAUAUGGUUUUCAAAUGCCUUCUCGUAUUAUGGGAUAGUCCUGUUGACAACGGAGCUAUUCCAGGCUGGAGAUUCGUGUGGAUCAACCCAGGGGGCAAAAGUUGAACCGAGCUGUAGCCUUGAAUGCAAACUUUUGACAUCAGCUGACUACAAGGACCUUUUAUGGACGACCUUGGCUGAAUUCCCAGGGCUGUUAGUCAUCCUCCUUGUUGUUGACCGCAUUGGCAGGAAGAAGAGCAUGACUCUAUGUUUCUUCAUGUUUUCUUUGUGUAUUCUGCCCUUGUAUGCUUGUAUUGGAAGGAUAGCUCUCACAAUCUUCAUCUUUAUUGCCAGAGCCUUCAUCUCUGGAGGAUACCAAGUUGCUUUUGUCUACACACCAGAAGUGUUCCCUACAGAGAACAGAGCCCUGGCAAUGGGGACUUGCAGUGCGAUGGCCAGGUUGGGUGCCCUGAUUACUCCCUUUGUGGCACAGGUGAUGCUUAGGAAAUCUGUUUAUUUGACUCUGUCGAUGUACUGCGGCUGCUGUCUGCUGGCUGGCAUCACAGCCUUGAUCCUGCCUAUUGAGACACUGGGCAGGAGUCUUCAGGAGUCCAACACAGAGACCAAGAGACCGGACAUACAAACACCACAACAGUAAAUGGUACCACACACUCCUGAGGACAGAUCCACCAGGAGAAGGAACUAAAAUAAGGAGUGAUAGGAUGACUUAUCGACUACCUCCAUAUAUGCAUCAGACGACUGAAUCCUCUGAGCAAUUUUGAGUGAAGAAAAACGGUGGACAAUGUCGUUACAGCCAGGGAGUGAUACCUGAGGAAAGGCCUACUUCCCAUGUCUAAUGUGAAUGGAAGUGAACUUUUUCCUGGACUGGUUUGUGUACCAGUAGAUUAAUCAAGGACGGACUAUUUUUGAAAACAAUAAUCCAGUGUUCAAGCUCCAUUUGUGGCUACAUGUAGGCCUAAAUACUUGUGGGUACUCAGCAUAUAUUUUUGUACAAUUUGUAUCAAAAGUACUAUUUUAUUAU